AUGGUUUUAUCUCAAUCAAAAGAGGUGAUUUUUAUUUUUCUUUCUGUUAUCCUAUGUCUUUUAAUUUGCCUUGGAAUAUUUGGGAACUCUCUGGUUAUUGUGGCAGUAAAGAAAAAACGUUCUCUACGAUCAACAACCAACAUUCUCCUUGCCAAUGUUGCCGCAUCUGACAUCUUAACUCUAGUGUUUCUUCCAUUGAUGUCGUUUCAAGGUCUUAUUAAUCAAGACGGUUUAAUCGCUGACUUAAUGUGCAAGAUCUUUGUUGACUUUCAUAUUCCAGCGACUGGAUAUGCUGCAUUAAUUUUAACGCUUUCUCUUUUGGCCAUCGAGAGAUACCAUGCUGUUGUAAAGCCCAUGAAAAAUGGAAUCCGGCUUCAAAAUGAAACAGUUCGUUAUGCGGUCAUUGCUGUUUGGCUCAUUGCCGUCAUACUGACCUUGCCAACGUACAUUUUUUGUGUCUUCAACGCGAACAAAGAUACAAGCUUUGAAUCAUAUACUCGAAGCAGACUUUUUCAACAAGCAAGGAUUCAUCAAUAA